AUGACCUUCUCCAUCCGUAAAACCGAUCCAAAGAAAACCAUCACCGUUGGCAGCUUCAGGCUCAGCCCCGACGGGACCAUGCAGGACAAAAAGGUCCCCCUGGCUCGCUCUGAGCUGCACCUCUCUGAACUCUUAGAUGGAGUUUGUGAUAAAAUGAACGACUAUGCUUUGCACAAAGACCCUGACACACAGGAGUCAAGCUACAGACGCUUUGCCCCCAGAGAUGGACAAGGUAUGGGCGACCUGCCCGACUUCAGCCACUUCCAGUUCCAGGGACCAGAGGCCAACGCACUCAAGUUUGCAUGUGAGACUAUUCGAGAGGAGCUGGAGGACGACAUCAUCGCCCUGCUCAAGGAAUCAUCCGACGUGGAGCAGGAGCUGUGUAGAGGAGUCUCAGGUUACUGUGUAGAUGGUGGUCAUGGAAACGAGGAGCUGUGA